AUGGCUCAGUCAGACAGACCCGAAGUCGGCAAGAUUGGCGUGGGCGUAGCGGCCAUUAUCAGCAACGGCAAAGGGCAGAUUCUCGUGGGCAAACGCAAGGGUGGCUUUGGAGCCGGACUCUGGCAAGUUCCAGGUGGACAUCUCGAAUUCAAGGAAUCGGUCCUUGAUUGUGCUGCCCGCGAGGCAGAAGAGGAGACUGGACUCCGUGUCAAGCCUGUAAAGGUUGUAGAUGUCACAAAUGACGUCUUUGACGCGGCCAACAAACACUACGUCACGUUUUUCGUCUUCUGCCAAAUGGUGGAUGAGACGCAAGAGCCGCAGCUCAUGGAGCCAGAUAAAUGCCACGGCUGGUCCUGGCAAACCUGGCAAUACUUGAUCGACAUUAAGAAUAGCGGAAGGGAAUCCGGCGAGGAGCUGUUUGCGCCGUUGACGCACCUAUUCGAGCAGACAGCUGAUUUGAGCAAGCUGCCCGUAUAA